UAGUAUAUGUUCUGUGGCGAUUUAAAGAUCUUGCUGUUUCUGUUCUUGAUGGGAUCGACGUCCGAACCCGGCUGACUUUGAAUUGCCAUCGCUAAUAUUUUGUAUUGCAGUGUGCAUUACUUUUUUUAGCUUUCAAGAUUCGUUAAAGAUGAGUGAUGAUGAUCGUGAUAUCGAUAUCGAAAGCGAUGAUGGCGACGAUUCGGAUUCCAGACUGAGGCACUCCAAUAACACGCAAUACUACUCCCAGGCAGAAAAAAGAGCACAUCACAAUGCUUUGGAACGAAAGCGACGGGACCACAUCAAAGACAGUUUUUCCAGUCUGAGGGACGUUGUACCGGCUUUGCAGGGAGAAAAGGUUGCAAGUAGGGCUCAAAUCCUAAAGAAGGCAGCGGACUAUAUCCAAUUCAUGCGACGCAAAAAUACCUCCCAUCAACAAGAUAUUGAUGACCUCAAAAAACAAAAUUCUCUUUUAGAAGCCCAAAUUCGCUCGUUAGAAAAAUCGAAUCUUGGCGGUUACGAGUCAUGUGAGGUAACCAAAUCUGAACCUGGAGGAGUGAAUACGUACAACGAUAGUGAAUCAGAAUCUUCUGAUAGCGAGACUGGUCGAGCAAUCCGACAGCCGAAGAAAUUAAAGGUAGCCGGCUUGCAUCAUUGACGAUACAUUCGUAUUUUCCCCUUUCUUGAUACUUUAUUUUCAUAUAAUCGUUUCUGAAGAUAUUUGCAAGUGAUACAAGUUGCGUGUAUGAUAUGAUCGUGCGUAGAUAAGUACUUAUUUAAGUAAACCGUUGAAGAUCAUGUUCUAGAGUAUAUUUGUAACAUAGCGGCACUCCAAAAUGAGACGAAUAUCGACGUAUUUAAGCAAGUGCGCGAAUAAAGACAAUUGCGUAUGUUAUCACGUUAUCUACGAUAUUUAUGAUUUAUAUCUAUGAUUUAUGUAUAUAAAUAUAUGUUAAGAGCAACAAUAUUGUACCAAUAUCUAUACCCGUUUUGACAGAUUUAGACUAUUGCGAACAUAUUCUUCAAUUUGCGUGCAAUUAGAUACCAAAUUAUGGCAACAAUAAUUGUCAAUAAUGUAGAGAUAUCUCGACGAUUUUAUCCUAAUCUCAAUAAUUCGAAUGUAGAUUAAAAAUUAUAAUUUGUCUGAAAAUCGUUUUCUCUCGAAAAUUGAUUGCCUACUAUCAAAAAUUUAUAAAUAUUACUAUAUAAUCCAAUAUUAAAUAAUCGUAUUUAGGGUUGAGGAAUAACACGUUACUUAUAAGGCCGUUAUCAUAGUUUUUUCUUGAAAGAUUCUUGGUACUGACUUUUUUAAUAAUUAUAAUGAUAUGUAGUAACGAUUUUUC